GUGGCCAAUAGCGCCCCGGGUGAGGCUUGAGAAGUGCGAGGUGCCGGCCAGCCCUGGUUGCAGGUUAUUUCCAGCGUGUGUGUCAAGUGAUCUGGUCGCUAUGGAGGCAGUCUUGACCCAAGAACUAGAUGAAGAGGAGCAGCUGGUGAGAAGGCAUCGCAAGGAGAAGAAGGAGUUGCAAGCCAAAAUUCAGGGUAUGAAGAAUGCUGUUCCCAAGAAUGACAAAAAGAGAAGGAAGCAGCUCACCGAGGAUGUUGCAAAGUUGGAAAAAGAAAUGGAACAGAAGCAUAGAGAGGAACUGGAGAAACUGAAGCUGUUUGCCAAGGAGAAUAAGAUAGAUUCUGUUGCUGUUAACAUUGCAAACUUGGUACUUGAGAAUCAACCACCUCGCAUAUCAAAAGCGCAAAAGAGACGGGAAAAAAAGGCUGCAUUGGAAAAGGAGAGGGAAGAGAGAAUAGCUGAAGCUGAAAUUGAGAGCUUAUCUGGAGCUAGACAUAUAGAAAAUGAAAAACUUGCUCGAAUAUUGGCAACCAGGGAAUUAGAAAUUAAACAGAUUCCAUCUGACGGCCACUGUAUGUAUAAAGCCAUUGAGGAUCAACUGAAAGAACAGGACAGUGCUCUGACUGUGGCUGCCUUACGAAGUCAAACGGCUGAAUAUAUGCAAAGCCAUGUGGAAGACUUUUUGCCAUUUUUAAUUAACCCUAAUACAGGAGAUACGUAUACCCCAGAAGAGUUUGGAAAAUACUGUGACGAUAUUGUAAACACAGCUGCAUGGGGAGGUCAGCUUGAGCUAAGAGCUCUGUCUCACAUUUUACGGACACCAAUAGAGAUAAUACAGGCAGAUUCUCCUCCUAUUGUAGUUGGUGAAGAAUAUUCUAAAAAGCCAUUAACACUUGUAUAUAUGAGACAUGCAUAUGGCUUAGGAGAACAUUAUAAUUCUGUUACACGGUUGGUGAACACAGGUUGUCAUGGACUAGCUGAUGGAGCAGCCUCUCCUGAGAGUAAAUAAUGCUAAAAUUAAGAAGUAUGUUCCAGACAUAGCAAAUCCAAGGAAUCAUCAGAAAAAUGAUGUCUACAGAUGGAGCCAAAGUUCACAGGUCUUCAGAUCAAGAUGAACCAUACUAGAACUAGAUACAUGGACCGUCCCCUCAAGAGCUGCAGCUACCUUUGGACCUAAUUUAAAUGACAGGAUCUUUGAUACUCUGAACAGAUGAAACUUUUGCGGGGAGGGGAUUUUUUUCAGAGAAUAUGUCUCUAUUUUGCAUGUAGGAGGAAUAUAAACAGUUUAUGGCUACAUGGUAGAUUGUGGAUAUUAAAACAUACUCACUACAUUUUUGUCACUUGC